UUGUAAUAUUACGCCAACAUCCCGUGUAUAACCGCUGUCUGGUGUGUAUGGAUUUGGUCCGUUUUAUUUCCGUCUUUCGAAUGGUUUCUAACACAGAAAGAGAUUUUAUACCGAUUUUUGUUUCAAUCGUUGUCGGUCGUUUAGAGCGUGCGCAUAACGUUGUAUACAAAACAUUUAAAUUACCGUGAUCGCGAUAUCUAACAAUUAUUACAAAAACAAAAUACAUAUACCGUAUACCAAAUACCUAUACACAACUAUAACUGUGAAUUAUUUAAAUCAUCACUAUCAUCACUAUGCUAUUUGGUACGGUCAUCAUCGUCUGCGCUACGGUUAUAGUCUCCAAUUGCAUAGUGACGAUUGAAGCGACUAAUAGCCAUCAAAGGUCGGUACAACAAGAUCAGAUACCACCACUGCAAAUCGCACGUAAGAAUAUAUUUAAUAAUCGCUUGAUAAUCUUUUUAUACGUUUUUUGAUGGUUUUAACGGUAAAAACGAAAAAAUGAAUACUAAUUUUUUUCAUUUAUUACACUUUUGAUAAAUAUUAUAAGCAGUUAAAUUAUUGAUAUUUUUAAAAUAAAUGAUAAGAGUGCAAUAAUAUUUUAACCUCUGCAAGCUUGUCUUCUUAUUUUUAGAUACCUACCUUAGAUAAUUUGGAAGUAGCGCACUAUUUGGAGCGAUGAUACCUUUUUUGUAGCGAUAUUGAUAGCGCACGGUUUUAUUUUAAAUGGCAUAUACUUUAAACUGUAUAGCUUAGAAUCGUUGCCUAUAUCCAAUAUUCACGAGUAUAAUAGCCGUGGCACAACAAGUUUAGCAAAUAUUCUAUAUUGAACGUGAGUUUAUACAAAAUACAAAUUGUGGGUUGCUGUUUGGAAAUCAAAAAUUGAUAUAACAUAUGUGAUGUUUUUGUAUUGUGAACGUUUUUAAAUUCUAAGCGUAGUGAGGAAGCUAUUGGUUUUACUAAGAUGUUUAUUUUUUUUCUUUGUUUCUUUUAGUCUGUGAACACUUUUUUUCUUAAUAAACUUGCUCCGAUUUUAACGCGUAACAUUUUUUCUGAAAGUUGUGUAGAUGGUACUUUAAAAAGGUCGUUUUAUGAUUUUUGGCGUCAUUUUUUAAAUAAAAGCACUUAAGUGGGAAACAACUUAGGAAAAUGUACAAUUUCACGAUUUCAUUAUUUUAUAAAAACACAGACGAUGUUUUCUACCAGAAAAAAUGAUUUAAUCAAAAAAUUAGAAAAUAUCUUUUUUAUUGUCUUUUUGAUUUUUUUUCUUACGGUAUCAUCACCACAAAUUUUAAGCUAUUUAUGAGCUUUUAAGGAAUUUUAAUUUUUGGGAGUUUGUUUGAUGUAAUUCGGUUAUAAAUACACGUAGAGAUUUGAAACUUUGUAAUAAUACUUAUAUUGGACUUGCUUAGAUGUGGUAAAAUUUUCAAAAUCAUCGGACGACUUUUUUUUUUAAUAAGAGUUCUGAAAUCAAAUUUAAACGAAAAUCGCAAAAAUAAUUACGACACUACAAAUUAUGUAUUACCGAACUACGUUCGGUUUGUUUAUCGUUGAGAUUAUACAGAUAUAAAAUAAAUAACUUUAAGUAUCCUAUUCUCUUAACUUCUUACCUACAACAGUGACGCAUCUAAAAACAUUAUCAGCAUUUUUAUUAUUUUAAUGGAUAUGAAAUAAGAGUAAAAUUUUGAAAAUAUUUUGUAAAUACGUAAACAUCGUAAGAUCAUCGUCAAACAAUUCCAUAAACACAAUAAUCAUGUAAACUUUAUUUAUCUGUUUCGUAUUUGAUAAAAUAAUCACCUGGUAUAAUAUAAUUGCAUAUUCGAACAGUGAGGUGGUGUACCGCGAUUAUUUCCUCCGACCGACAGACCACGGUGGAAUGUUUCGGAACAAUACAGAGACCACUGUAUGAAACCGUACAGAUGAACCUACGUUUUUAUUUUAAGUACUCCUGUUGACGAAUUGGCUUCCUAAACAGGUUAAAAACAAUUGGUAUUUAACAACAUUGGACAAACGAAAAGCGAAAACAUCUAAUGAUAGUGUUAUUAGGUUUCAUUAUAAUAUUUAGGUAAUCUCUUAUAAUAUCUGUUGUAGUUUGGUCCCAAAGAAGAAAGAUUUAAAUAAAUUGUCUAUAGUUUGUAAUACAAGUGAAUUAAAUGUUUUAAAUAUAAUAUAUACUAUACUACAUUUUAGUACUUACAUAUUAGGAAAUCAAAUUAUUAAAAAGAACAUUUUUUUUAAAUAAAAUAACAUAAACAAAAUUAUAGUUAUAAUAUUAUCACAUUAGUAAUGAUAAUAAAAAUUAUUAUCUAGACAAUUAAUCACAGUAAUUAUAGUGAUCUAGAGCAGCUUUGUGAGACAGAGAUAUAUCUACUCUCCAGGAAUGCGGCAGCUUACGUUAAAGCUAUAGGAAUGACCUAUCCAUUCUUUAUUAACUAUGGCUGUUAAUGAUAAAUAUGUUCAGUGGUGCAAACAAAGGGGAAUUUAGAAAGUCAAAUCCCUCCCCUCGAAAUAUUUUUCUUUACGGCAUUUUUUUAAAUCAAGUUUUACUUUCAAUAACAAAAUAUCUUAUACUACAGUAUAAAAUAAAAAAAAUGUCAUCAAAAAUUAUUUAUUCAGUAAUAAUAGUGUUAAUGUGUUAAUACUGUACUUAUAAUAUGUGCUAUCCUCUCUCUAGGAAAUUAUUAUAAACAAAAUCCCUCCAGAAAAAAAUCCUGUGUGUGCUAAUGAAUGUGUUGGGCGAUAAUGAAAUUCGUUUGCGUGUACUUAUCACAUUUAUUGUUUUAUCGUAUUGUGAAACACACAAAAAACACUUCGUUAUAUGUCAGUGUAAAAAAAAGCUAGGUAAGUUAAAACAAAUUAAAUUUAGUAAUGAUUGAAUCUUUAAAAUACGUUAUAUAAUAUGGAAACUAAGUAAAAUGGCAUUUCAUAAUAUUACAAAUACCUAUGACGACAAGUAAGAUUAAUUGUAGAAUUAAAUACUUAGUCAAUAUAUUGUUUAACUACUUGGAGGGCAGGACGUAUAAGUAUACUUAAAUAAAUACAGAUAAGUAACUACUAUAGUAAAUUACGUAAAUAAAUUAAUAAUUUAUGAUCUAACCUUCCCAGAAAAUGUAAAAAACCGUGAAAAAACAUGGAGAAAAUCAUUACGAUAUUAAACAAAUAUUAUAAAGAAAAUAUAUAAUGUCUAUUCAAUUAUUUACCAUAAUAUGACAUAUAUAUUGUUGACAAUGCAUCAUUAUUAACUGAAUUCCGUUCAGAAUCGUUUUUUCGUUAGCAAUAGUUUAUCGUUGCUUACAGAUAUACAUUAAAUUCUAUUCUGUAUCCAACCUUCCCAACUUCCCAUUUACUCAGUGGCUGCAUCCACGAGCGAGUAUGUCCGUCUUUUUAUUUUUGUAAAAUAGUUGUUCGCUGUUAUAAAAUUAUAAAAAUGGUCCGGAAUUAGCCGAAUACCAUUCAAACAUUCGAUAAUUAAAUUGAAAAUUAAACUUUACAUUAUAUUAUAUAGGAUAGUAUUGUUACGUAUUUGUAAUAUUUCAACAUGCUCCCUGUGGGAGGCGAGGAUCAGAUAUUCCCACGGUACCUCUAUCUGUCAUAAGAGGCGACAAUGUAGUUGCGUCAGAUCGAUGGCCCAUAUAAAUUCUAUCAAACAGUAUGAGAAAUUUUAAACAAGAAUUUAGCAAAUUUUCCUAUCUGGCCAUCUCGGAUGUGCGCGUGGACAACAGGCGAGAGGAGGUAUCAUGGAGCAUGAUGUUUUAUGGAUAAUAUUAUAGCUUUGAUAGGAGAAAAUUUGGAAUAAGUUAACAGAAAGCUUUAGGAAUAGAGAUUAGUACUUGAAGGAAAGGGACUAAAGAUAGGUAGAAGCAAAACUGUAAAAUAGAGUACGAGUUUAGAGGAACAGAACAAAACAACUAACGAUAAUAAGCAGUUAUAGUCGAGGUUGAUUGUUUGAAAUAUCUAUUAUCUUUCAUACAAAAGAACAAUGGCUUUCAUGAGCUUGUGAAACAUAGAAUUUUGUGUGGUUGGAUAAGGUAGUGGAGUAACUUUUUAGAUUCCGAUUGGAGCGGGAAGCUUAUGGUUUUACAAAGAUGUUUAUUUUAUUUUAUUUUUUAUUUUUAUUUGUGCGCAAAUUUUUUACCAUCAACUUUGCUGGUACGAACUUAUUCAGACUUUUAAGUGCAGCACCUUUUUUAAAAGAAAAUCGGUAUGAGGAGGUACUACAAAUGUGAAAAACCAAAAAAAAAAAACAGAGGAAAAACGAGAAAAACGUAGGAAAACCGGGAAAAUCGGUACAAUAUUAAAAACAUUUUAUUAAAAAAAAUAUAUAAAGCCUAUUUAAUUAUUUCACUAUAAUAUGACAUAUAUAUAUAUAUAUAUUUGACAAAGUAUCAAUAUCCAUUGAGCUCCCCUUAGAACCGUUUUUUUGUAAGCAAUGGUUUAUCGUUGUUUACAGGUAUACAUUAAAUUACCUAUAACAAUGGCUAUACCCGUUUCCAUUAUCCUAAGACGUCUUUUUAAGUGCUCUAAAGGUAGUUAUUUACGCCUUAUAAAAUAAUCUUACCUUAUUCAUUGAUUUUCAUGAAGGGGGAUCAAUGGUGGUAGAUUUGGUACAUAAAAUAAUGUAGGUUCCGUCCCCCUUUAUCCUAGGACGUUUUUUUAAGUUGAUUUCAAAAUACUUAUAAAUGAACCCAUUUUACAUUUGUAUACAGAUAUAAACAAAUUGGUAAAUAAAUGGGAGGGGAGUCUAAAUUCUAAGAAGCAGGGGUUUUUUUUUUAUUAGUUUAGGGGUUUCUUUUAGGUAAAUUUUGUCCAGUCUACACAUUAUCUAUUAUAUCAUUAAGUGUAACAUUUUCGAUAAGAACCAUCAUAUAAUAACUUAAAUUAGAUACUUACUUAGGUAUCAGUACCUAUCACGUUUGCGCAUUUGUAUACAACGUAAAAUAUGUUCCUAAUUAAGUAGUUCCUAUAUAAAAUACUGAUAUUUGUAUUUUUGUAUAUAUUUAACAGGCAUGGUCCAAUAAUAAAACAGUAAUUACAGCAACGAUAUAAUAGUGAAUAUAAUGUAAUAAAUAGUUACAACUAAAAAACAAAAUAGAAUCAGUAACGUAAUAAAUAUUGGUAAUAACAAUAGUAAGAAUAAUAUUAAUAAUUUAAAAGAAAUUUAGGUGCUCAUUACCUUAUAGACGCAUCAUUCAAUGAAUAGGCACACAAGGUGUUUGUUAGUUCCUAUCAGAGACGGUAAUAUGGUAUGGUAUAAUUAUAUCCCUUUCGGUAUCGCUUCCGCCGCACUCGUUUGCAUAUUGCAUAAUGCAUAUACAUAUAAGUAAGUAGGUACCUAUAUCUAAAUAUAUAAUAUAAUAUCGACCAUACACGUAAAUCGAUUGUAAUAAUAUUACGUGGGUAUACGAGACCUUAAAAUAUUAUGAUCGUCACAAACAACAACGUCGUCAAACGACCGCCAUCAUAAAAAAUAAUAAUACGUGCUACCGUAAUAUUAUUAGGUAUUAGUUUUUACUUUCUCCGCCGAAUGGGAGCCGCGGGAUCUGUGUACCUAUAUGAUUAAAUAUUCGAGCUCGAUAGAAAGAGAGAGAGAAAAAUAAGACAUUUUUUCUUUUAUUAUUAUUAUAUAUUAUUCACUUUCAUCGAUACACGAAAGCGCUUACUUAAUAGUUAUAUUAUAUAGGUUAUAAAAUGAGCCUGGUAGUCAGCCCAGACCAAAUCAGGUUCUGUCCGUAGUCGCUCGAGGGCAGUAUUUUAUAAUAACAAACAACCUAUAAUACCUACUGUUAUUUCAUAUCUACAUACAUAUAGUAUAUAAUAUAUAUUCAGUCAGAAGUGGAUCCAAACAAGAUAACAGGGGGGGGGGGUUGAAAAUGUAUAUAAGGGACGUAUUUAUGAUGAGCUCAAUAUUGAAUCAAGUUAAGAGUAUACGAGGACCGUGAUACCCCCCUGGCCUCACCCCUAUUGUCUUCCCUGAAUCCACCCCUGUACUCAGUGCUUAAUAUAUUUACAACACAUACACAUUGUUUGGUGGUGUCUGUUGUUUACAUUUACUGGGAAAACUCUUAGGAAAAUAAAAAAAUUACCUAUCUAAAGCACCUUCCCGGUCAAAUGUCUUAUUAAAAAAAGUUCUACCGUUGUAAAUCGGAACAAAAUUACUAGUAGAAAAGUUGUUCACAGGAAAAAAUGAAGGCCAUAAUAUUUUACUAAUAUACAGGCUGUCCCAUGAAGAUACACCCCUUGAAUAUCUCUGGAAAUAAUAAAGAUAUUCAAAUUAUGUUUUUUUUUUUAUAUUACUCACAGGGAUGAGGACUACAAUUAUUUAUAAUUGAAUUCAAUAUUUUUUUCUGUUAAAAAAAUUAAUUUAUUUUAUUAUUUUCAGAAAAUUUUAAAAUAGCUAUUCUGUAGAAUUUAUUUUUCUGAGAAUUGUAAUGUAUCACAUAUUUAUAUCCGAUGAAUAGUUUUCAAGUAACUGCCGUUUUAAAUUCUAUUAAUCCGUGUGAAAACCUAUGUUAUUGCUUAACACGGUUAAGUUAUUCCCUAAAUAACAUCGGUUUUCACACGGAUUAGUAGAAUUUAAAAUGGCAGUUACUUAAAACUAUUCAUUGGAUAUAAGGGGUAAGUCUUCGUGGGACAGCCUGUAUUUCGUAUAUUUUCCCUUUUUUUUUCGGUUUUUAAAUUUCAUGAGAAAACUCCUGAAAAAGUCGAAUAAUGACCUCGCUAAAGUACCUGUCCACACUGAUUUCCUUUCGGAAAGGUACAACACUUAAAAAUUGGAGCAAGAUCUCUAGUAGAAAAGUUGUCUAUGGAAAAAAAAAUAAACAUCUUUGUAAAACCAACACAAUUUUCGCUACAUUUAGGGCCGUUCUCACUAACGUAAUAAAAGAAGUUUAUCUAAUUCUUAAACUGAGUUUAUGGCUGAUAAUCGACCACGAUUGGUCGAUUAUCUUAUAAACCCCGAUAAAAGUCAACGUUUACGUUGGUGAGAACGAGCCUUAGAAUUUAAAAGAAUCAUUAUUUAAUAUCAGUAAUUAUGUUCAACAAUAUUUCUAACUAAAUAUAAUUUUUUUUUUCUAGUAGAAUUGUAGUAGUAGGUAAAUUAGUUGAUAAAUUUAAUCAGCAGAUAAGAAUUAUAUCUAAAAAAAAAAAGAAAAAGAGUUGAUACUAGAGACACUGUUAUAGAUGGGUAUAGUAGGGAAGGUGGAAGUAAUAUUAACAUAUAUAUUGUAUAUAUAUGUAUAUGAACAUAGGAACAUAAAGUUAUUUAUGUUUUUAAAUUCAUACCAGUAAUCAACAAUAAACCAUUGAUAACGAAAAAUGAUUCGGAGUGAAGUUUGGUUAUACAUGUUUUGAUUUUAUAACUUAAAAAAAAAAAAUGGUAAUUUCGUCCGUUUUGAUUUUUCUUAAUUAUUAUGAAAAAUACGUUAGAUAUCAAAUAAUGACUUUCACUGUCAAUGGCUAUAUAUUCUAAGAAACAAAAUCUGUUUUUCAUUUUUAGACUGGAGUAAUAUUUCUGGUAGAAAUCAUAAAUUGAACAUAUUGAAAUAAUUAAACUGGGUCUGGGACGGUACGUGUUGCUGUAAAUAUUAAUCGAUUUAUAUUUUUGGUAUUUUACAAUUACUUAGAAAACUAAUUUGGUUAUUGGAAAAAGGUGCCGUGCACUUUCCGCCCGUGUGUUUUCCGUUCAACACCUUUUUUGUGCUAUUUUCACUCGUUAUCGUAUACCUGCUGAAAUUAUGUAAGAUGGACUAUUCGAUUACAAUUUAAAAUUUAAAAUUAUGUAUACAUUUUACAAAUUAUUAUAGUUAUGAUUCUGAUUUCAAAUAAAUAACAAAUAAUAAAUGAUAGUUACAGUUACAAAUUAUAUUACACGUACAUUUAUAGAUACAUACUUAUAUGGAUUUCCAUCAUAACUAAUAAGUACAAUACACCGAAUUUAUCAAUGAAAGGCUUGGGCUUGGAGCAUACAUAUCAGUAAAACAAAGAUUACGUAUAUAUACAUUUAGAUCAACGUACCAAACAAAUAAAUACAAAUUUCUAAAACGAUAAAAAAAUUUAAAAAAAUGUUUAUUAAAUUGUUUGUUCAAAAAUUAAAUUAGAUUAAAUAAUUAUGAAAAAAAAAGUUAUAAUAAUAAGUUAACAAUUAUGUACCUACUUGUAAUACAAUAUUUUAACAAAUUAAAUACACGUUAAUUUAUAAUUUUAAAUUUUUAGCGGAUAUUCUACCUUGUAUAAUUUCAGUAGGUAAAAGAUCAGCACGAAAAAGGUAAUGAGCGAAAACCGCACGGACAGAAAGUGCCCGACACUUCGAAAAACGAUUUACUCUGUUAGUAGCAAAAUAUUAAUAGGAACAAAAUCGGUCAAAUGUCAUUUUACGAUUGAAGUAACAUUUCUGGUAGAAAACUUAAGUAUAACGCAAUGAAAACAAUGAAAGCGGUAAAGCCACGGCGCAUCGCAAAUACUUGUCUUUUUACCAAUAAUUUUCUUUCGAUUUUUUCAAAUUAUUUCGAAAACCAACGAAAGUUGGUAAUAAUAAUUACAAUUUUCGUCAAAAUUUAAUUUUAACUUAAAAAAACUUAAAAAAAUUUUUUUUAUAUUAUAUUACACUCAGUUUUAUUUUUUAAAACAAAAUGUAUUUGUUUUUUUUGUUACUUAUCCGGUGAGGUUUUGCAAUAAAAAAUUAUCUAGUGUUGUUAUUAUAAUGCUACAUAAGUCUGAUUUUAUUUUUUAUAAAUAAGUGUACAAGCACCUAGCUGUUAUCAAAUGUUUGCCAAAUUGUAUUGAUUAAUAUUUAUAAACAACUCAUUAUACGAUUAUAUAACAUUUUAUUAAAUUAAAUAUUAGUAGAUAAUUUCAAAUUACUUUCAAAAAUACAAUUAUUUAUCUAAUAUUUAUUUAAUAAAUGUGUAUAAAAUAUAUACGAUAUUAAAGUCAGAGAUUGUUGUAUAUAAGUAUAUUAUAUUAUAUUAAUGUUCUCAAACACUUUAUUUAUUAUUUUUACAGCUGUUUGGUUAAACGCUUGUAAAAAGAAAGACCCGAAUUUGGACGAAUGUAUCCGUAUGACAUUUCAGAACAUGUUCCCUUAUUUGGCAAAAGGUAAUGUAUACGAAAUAAAUAAGUAAUAAAAAAUUGCGUUAUAUUAUAAAACUAAUGUAAACAUGUAUCGGAUUAGGUAUAGCCGAAAUAGGAACCAGCCCGUUCGAACCUAUGCACAUUGACAGAGUUGCGCUAACUAAAGGCCAGGGUGCUGUGACUCUUUCCGGAGCAUUCACAAAUCUUAUCGUUCACGGACCGAGUAAUACAACUGCUUUAUACACCAAGUAAGUGGGUUUUAAAUAUAACUUACAUACAAAAAAAUACAAAAUGUUUACAAAAAUGUAUAAACAUAAAUUUAAGUAUCUAAUUGAAAUGACAUAUCCACGAUCUUAGGAAACUUUAUAUGGUUUAGAAAAUACAGCAAAAAGUAUUUAUAAAUUUAAUAUUAUUUUAAAUUCAAACGUUUCCUGAAUUAUUUUGAAACAUUAUUUAUAUUAUGUUGUACUCAUAUUUUUACUAUACCAAUAUGUUUUACAAUAGCCAUUUAAAUUAUUAUUUUAAAAGCGUUAAACAAAUACUUGUAAAUAUAUAUUAUAAAAUACCUAAUAAUAUAUCUAAUAGCUUACCAGUUCAGUAAACAAUUUGUUACUCAAAAAUGUUAUGAAAUAAAAUUGUAAAUAAAAAAGUAGGUAUAAUCUGCAAAUUAUUAUUGCAAUAUAAUUAUGAAAACUUAUUAAAAUGUGGUUGUUUGCAAAUAAUUCUAAAUUACUUAGUUAUUUAAUAAUAAUAAUAAAAACAAAAAUCGAUAUUAUCAGGAUGGAUUUAAAAAAAAAUCGUUUUGACAUUGGACUCUUCAUACCAACAAUCAAAGUAGAAUCAAAAUACGAUCUCAAAGGCAAUCUAUUAUUAUUACCACUUGUUGGUGUAGGCGACGCUAAACUUUAUCUAAGUGAGUAAAUUUUGACAAAAAAUGAAAAAAAUAAUAUUGAGUAAAUAAUAAAAAUAUAUGUUACUAAUGUUUAAUUAUUAGAGAAUGUAACUACAUAUGUACAAACAAAAAUUUACUUCCCCAAAUAUAUGAACGAAACCGUCAUGGUAGCCAGCAGUAUGAAAGUGGACUUUAAUUUGGCAGCUAUGCGUGUGAACUUGGAUAAUUUAUUUAACGGCAAUAAAGUAUUGGGUAAGAAAAUAAACCAAAAUUACUUAAUAUUUUAACGCCUUGCUAAAGGAACCCAUUUUUUUAAUAAUUAUUUUAUUCUAUCUGUUAUCCACAGGGAGAACUGUUAACCAAUUUUUGAACCAGAAUGCAUUAGAAGUGGUAGAUGAUUUAAAGGAAAACAUAGGUGAAAACCUAUCGACUAUAUUCAAACAAAUUAUGAAUGAUGCAUUUAGUCACAUACCAACAAAAUUAUGGCUCCAAGAUGAUUAGUUUACUCAUAUAGAUAUAGUAAAUAGUUAUACAUAAAAUGUAAAUACAGCCUAUUUCGAACUAUUUUGUCUAUGUUCGUGAUUUAUGAUUUAAUACCUCUUAUUUUAGUUUUUUUUUAUUUGUACAACUAUGUUACUAUCUAUUUUAUUAUAUAAGAUAUUAUAAUUAUUAAAAAUGUCUAAAGAGGA